AUGAUGAAGAAAUUCAAGGGGGACCUCUUGAGGGCCACGGACACUAUAUUAACGAGAACCCUCAACAACAGGAGGGGGAAGAGGAAGAAGAAGCAGCAGCAGCAGCAGCAUCAGGGCCGGCCGCCAGCAUCCCAACAAGAUCAUCAGCAUCACCCCAGCCGCACCUCCCCGAUCCCGUUCAGCCCCCCGGUCCGCCCUCCCCCUCCCUCUCCGCUUCUCGCUCGCGCGCGGGCUGCCCUUUCGUCAACCGUUGCCACGCUCUGGGGCCCCGCCGUCCUGCUUCAUCUCGUCGGGGUCUGGCCAACCGCGUUCGUCAACCUCGCCUCGAACCCCGCCGGCACCAAACACACCGUCACCCUCAACAACUCCCGGUCGUACGUCAUAUACUCGUCCUCGCCCCUCAACCUGUCCCAAACGGGCGAUUCUUCGUUGGUUUCGGGGGCUUUUUCGGGGACCGUUCGGAUCGCUUACCUCGCCGAUCCGGGUUUUGAGCCGGUCCUCGAUCGGUUCAGCUCGCGCUACCCGGUGUCGGGGAGGGCCGAUUUCAACAGGCCCUUCUGUUUGGAGUACAAGUGGGAGAGCGAGGGGUGGGGGGACUUGCUGAUGCUUGCCCAUCCCUUGCAUUUGAAGUUGCUGUCUGGUGUCACCGUGCUGGAUGAUUUUAAAUACGAUGGGGUUGAUGGGGACCUUGUUGGGGUUGUUGGGGAUAGUUGGAAAUUGAUGGCCGACCCAGUUCAGGUCUCCUGGCACUCUUUGAAUGGGGUUAGGGAUGAUGGGUAUGAUGAGAUUGUGUCGGCUCUGGUCAAGGAUGUUGAGGGUUUGGGUGCGAUUAGUAAUAGUUCUUCGUAUUUUUACGGGAAGGCGAUUGCUCGGGCUGCGAGGUUGGCCUUGAUUGCUGAGGAAGUAGGUUACGUUGAUGUGAUUCCGGCAAUUCAGAGGUUUUUGAGGGAUUCCAUUACCCCUUGGCUUGAUGGGAGCUUCAACGGGAAUGGGUUCCUUUAUGAUCCUAAGUGGGGUGGGAUCGUGACUAAACUUGGUUCGAACGACUCUGGCGCUGAUUUUGGAUUUGGGAUUUAUAAUGACCAUCACUACCAUUUGGGCUAUUUUCUGUAUGCCAUAGCGGUUUUAGCUAAGCUUGAUCCGGCGUGGGGGAGGAAGUAUAGGCCUCAAGCCUAUUCAAUGAUGGCGGAUAUCAUGACAUUGUCGAGAAGGGGAGGAUCAAAUUAUACUAGAUUAAGAUGCUUUGAUCUAUGGAAGCUCCAUUCUUGGGCUGGAGGAUUGACAGAGUUUGCUGACGGGAGGAAUCAAGAGAGCACCAGCGAGGCUGUGAAUGCUUACUACUCUGCAGCGUUGAUGGGUUUAAGCUUUGGUGAUACUCAUCUCGUGGCCAUUGGGUCAACGCUAGCAGCCCUUGAGAUUCGUGCAGCUGAGACUUGGUGGCAUGUGAAAGAGGGCGAGAGGAUGUAUGACGAAGAUUUCUGUAGGGAGAAUAGAGUGGUUGGUGUUCUUUGGAACAAUAAGAGAGAUAGUGGGCUUUGGUUUGCUCCCUCCGAGUGGAAAGAGUGUAGGCUAGGGAUUCUGUUGCCAUUGUUGCCUAUAACUGAGGUCCUGUUUCAGGAUGUAAGGUUCGUAAAGGAUUUGGUGAAUUGGGCACUGCCCUCUUUGUCGAGGGAAGGGGUUGGUGAAGGGUGGAAGGGGUUUGUGUAUGCAAUGGAAGCCAUUUAUGAUAAGGCAACGGCUUUGGAGAAGACGAGGGAAUUACAUGGAUACGAUGACGGGAACUCUCUUUCGAAUUUGCUGUGGUGGAUUCAUAGCAGAGGAGAAGAAGAGGGUGAUUUCGGCUGGGGAAAAAUUUGCUGGUUCAGUCACUACUGCCAUUGAGGUUUGAGAUUUGUUCAUGGUUUGAAAGAUGCAACGGUUGUGAAAUGGCGGAGCAGUGAGGGUAUAAGGGCAUGAAACGAGUAAGACUGGAGCAUAUAUUGGUAAUUCUCAGCAUUCUUCUUCUUUUCUUUUAUAGUUUCGUUAUUAUCAAUAAAAUGAAUGUCAUAGUGGUUUACAA